AUGGAUUCAGAAUAUGAGGCUUACCCAUUAACUUUUAUGAUUUUGAUCCUACCUGUUUGUAAAUUGCUUCUGAUCAAUGGGUAUGUAUCAUCACUAAGAUCUGUUUCGCUACAUUCGCAUGCUUCGUCUGUUCCGACCUUGAAUGGAAUGAAUUUCUCAGAAUGGAAAGAACAUGUGGAAUUUCACCUUGGAGUUUUAGAUCUUGAUCUAGCACUUCGAUGUGAGAAGUCGGCUGCUCUUACCAAUACAAGCAGUGCGGAAACAAAAUCUUUACAUGAAGGAUGGGAAAGGUCAAAUAGACUGGGCUUAAUGUUUAUGCGAAUGACUAUAGCGAACAAUAUCAAAAUAACACUUCCUGAUGCUGACGAUGCUAAGGUAUAUCUUACAAGUAUUGAGACACGUUUCAAACAGGCUGAUAAGUCUCUUGCGGGGACACUAAUGGCAAAGCUUACCACCAUGAAAUAUGAUGGUAGCCGUGGGAUGCAUGAGCAUGUCCUUGAAAUGACAAAUUUGGCUGCUCAAUUAAAGAAUUUAGGAAUGAGUAUGGAUGAGUUUUUUCUCGUGCAAUUUUUGGAACUCAUUGUCCUUGUCUCCUUAGUAUGA